AUGGCCACUCCGGAAUCAAGAAGAAUAAGACUUUCUUCUCAAGACUUACAAAAUACACCAAAUGCCAAUGAAGAAGUAGAAACUAAUGUAAUACUAAAAAUUCCAAACGGUUUAUAUUACAAGAAUUUUGAUAAAAUGAGAAAGAAUGAACAAUUAUGUGAUAUAAAAAUCAUUGCCAAAAAUGGUGAAGAAAUAAGGGCUCAUAAAGUUGUUUUGGCAGCCAACAGCAAAUAUUUUAAUAUUAUGUUUAAUAGUCAAUUUAAAGAAUCCAAAGAAUUUGAAAUCGAGAUUCAGGAUUUAGAUCCACAUGCAUUGAGUUUGUUAAUAGACUUUAUUUAUACAUCUGAGUUAGCUGUAAAUGAACAAAAUGUCCAAGAAAUUUUAAAUGGAAUCUGUUUUUUACAAUUGGACGAAACAAUUCGCAGUGAAUGCAUUGAUUAUAUUAAAUCAGGAAUUGAUCCCGCCAAUUGUUUAGGUAUGAAAGAAAUGGCUGAACGCCUUGGAUUAAGAGAUUUUUAUACGUUCUCUUUAAGAUAUGCUUUAGUUCACUUUAGUCAAGUAUACAAAAAAGAAGAAUUUCUGCUGAUUACUUUUGAUCAAAUAUUACAAAUCAUUAAAAGUGAAGAUCUGUGUGCAAAUGAAGAAAACGUAUAUGAAUCUGUAAUGAAAUGGAUCAAGUAUGAUAUAGAAAAUCGGAAUAAACAUUUGCCAGACUUAAUGGAAUAUGUUCAGUCUCGAAAAUUUGCAAAUUACUUUUCAGUUAGAAAUUAA